AAGAAUUUGAAAGAACGUUUGGGUUAAACCCUAGAAAAAAUAAUAGGGCAGGGUUUUGGGGAAGGUUGGCUGGCUGGUAUGUGGGCUGCGGCAACAAAUCCAUUCAUCAAAUUCCAAUUUCAGAGACACACUCUUCCAUUUCUCCUAAUGGCUUCUUCUUCGCUCUCCUUUUCCACCGCGUCUCCUGCUCACGCGCCUCUCAAGCGCGUCGGCACGCACCAUGGAAGCUUUCACUGCGACGAGGCCCUUGGCUGCUUCAUGAUUCGCCUCACUCAAAGAUUCAACAACGCUCAAAUCGUUCGCACCCGUGACCCUCAGGUGUUGGGGGGUCUUGAUGCUGUUUUUGAUGUUGGGGGGGGGUAUGGCCCUGCCCAAGAUCGCUAUGAUCAUCAUCAAAAGGGAUUUGCAGAAGUUUUUGGGCAUGGUUUCUCCACUAAAUUGAGUAGUGCUGGUCUUGUGUAUAAGCAUUUUGGAAAAGAGAUUAUAGCUAAAGAACUUAAGGUAGACGAGGAACAUCGAGAUGUGCAUCACAUAUAUUUGGCUGUUUACAAAAGCUUCAUGGAGGCAAUUGAUGCUAUAGACAAUGGAAUCAAUCAGUAUGAUACAGACCAGCCUCCAAAAUAUGUGAACAACACUCACUUAUCCUCAAGAGUAGGAAGGCUAAAUUUGGAUUGGACAGAUCCUGAUCAGUCACCUGAGAAAGAAAAUGAGGCCUUUCAACGUGCCAUGGCUCUUGCUGGCAGUGAGUUUCUGGAUAGUGUUCGAUAUCAUGUAAAUUCUUGGUUACCAGCAAGGUCAAUUGUAAUGGAGACCAUAUUGGCUAGACAGACUGUUGAUCCUACUGGAGAAAUUUUAGUUUUGACUAAAUUUUGUCCUUGGAAGCUUCACUUAUUCGAGCUUGAGGGGGAGAUGAAAAUUGACCCUCCAAUCAAAUAUGUUCUGUAUCAGGACGAAAGAAGCAAGUCCUGGCGAGUGCAGGCAGUUGCAGUAUCUCCUGACCGGUUUGAGAGCCGAAAGGCUCUACCCUCGCAGUGGCGAGGUUUAAGGGAUGAAGAACUGUCAAAGGAGUCUGGUAUUCCAGGCUGUGUUUUCGUGCAUAUGAGUGGAUUUAUUGGCGGAAACCAAACCUUUGAUGGUGCCUUGGACAUGGCAAGGGCUGCCUUGAAGGUGUAGACAAAGGAUCACAUGAACAAAGGACUAUCAUUCCUUAAUUUUGCAUACUCAUUCACAGUACAGUUUACUGAUUGCAUUGAAGAAUCGGAUGGCACUGGGAAUAGUGUCUUAAAGAUGGUUCAAUAUCAAGUUCAUUAACUUGUUUACUGAUGCAGGUCUAUCUUAUCCAAAUUUUCUUUCAGUAGUUUUAAUCAUGUAAGUUAAUGAAUUCUUGUGUCUAUUUUCUUGAUAAUUGUCAUUGAUAUUAUUAUCAGCAUGCGUUAUAGGAUAUGAAUUUGUUGUCUAUUUUGUUAACUUGUGAGACCAUUAUAACUUCAGAAUACACAGUAAAUUCCUAAAAGUCCAAGUUGCUACCAUCACAAGCUUUUGUA